CUUUCAACAUUCAAUAUUCACGUUUUUUAUCAAUUUCAAUAUGCAAAUGAGCAAUUUCCAACAUGGCGACUGAAAUUUAUUCCAGCUGCUUGUACGUUCACUGUUUUGCAGAUAUAUAGGUGUUUCGCGUAGCAAACUAGGACACUGAACUCCGCAAAAGAUCCUCAUUACUCCGCGGGGGUCCCUACCCCGGAGCCCCAGCAGGGGUUAUAUAAAGUAAUGAGUGCACUGGGGAAUCUGUUGGCGCGGAAACGCAAGAAUUCUGGAGGUAGUGGGGAUGGCAAACAGCAGUCACAGAUAAACAAAUGCCUCAAUGAGAAGCGGAGGAGAGAACAGGAGAACAUCUAUAUAGAGGAGCUAGCAGAAUUGAUCUCGGCUAGCAUCACUGAGAUGAACACAUUCUCUGUUAAACCAGACAAGUGUGCCAUCUUACAGGAAACUGUCAGUCAAAUUCGUAGAAUCAAAAAUGAAGAGAGUUGCACAUCAGAUGCAGUUCAACAAAGUCACGUCUCCUCAAGUAAACCUACCAUUCUGGCAAAUGAUGUUCUCGGACCCCUUUUAUUAGAGGCACUAGAUGGAUUCCUAUUUGUUGUAAACUGUCAAGGAAAAGUGGAAUUUGUAUCGGAUAACAUCUCACAAUAUUUGAAAUAUCAACAAGACGACCUAGUGAAUAAGAGCAUAUAUAACAUAAUACACGUUGGAGACCACGCCAUAUUCAGUAAAGGUCUAGUGCCGCUUUCAGUUGGAAGUAUACCCUGGAAUCCAGAUGGCGCUGCUUAUAAAGGACGUACUUUCAACUGUAGGAUGUUAAUAAAACCUCCAGAUGAUGAAAAUGAUGUUGAAGUGAAGCAGACCCACGUAUCCCAGUAUGAAGGCAUGCAGAUAUCUGCUGUUCUAGUUCCUUACCCUAAUAGCCGGGACAAUUUAGGUUUAGCAGAUGACACAGAUGGCCAAUCAUGCUUGGUUUGUAUCGCCAGGACACUAGCUAUCACUGAGAAGAGAAAUAGCAUGCUUGGUAUUGAACAGUUCACAACUAAACAGAACAUAAACGGACAAAUUGUUGGAUGUGAUACAAGUGGAAUAAAACCUUCGAAGUACAGAUACCCGGACUUUGAUGGCCAUAAUAUUAUUGACUUUGCACACGCAAAUGAUGUCCAGCUAUUAAAUAAACAUUUACAAGAAGUGACUAAGAGCGGCAAGAAUCCUACAAAUCACACGAGCAGUGUUUAUAGAUUCAAACUCCGAGAUAACAAAUAUGUCUUUGUUCAAACUAAGAGUCGUUUAUUCAGUAAGCCUGUCACAUCAGAGCCUGAGUUUGUCAUGUCUACACAUUCAAUUAUUAGAGAAUGUGACUCAGACAUUGAGUUGAAAGGUUCUGCGUCUACUAGUUUAAUGAAGUCUAUCAUUGGUCAAGGUCUCGUCAAAGGGGGGGAUUCUGAAGCUGCAAAGCAAUUAUUAGGACCUUUAGACCCAUCUACAAGUAACUCUGGACUGCCCUUAUUAGGCUCUCCUAGUAUGGCUGGCUCAGGUAUGGUCUCCCCACUGCCAAACCUAAACUUCUUAGAUGGCAUAGCCACAGACAAUAUGAGUUUAUCAAAUGUAUUGGAGAUGAUACCGACAAGUGGACCAUGGGACUUGGGCAGUAUGGACAAUGCCUCCUCUGCAAAUUCACUUGAGCAAAAUGCCAAUUUGUAUAGUAUGGCAGGAAAUUUUUCUCAAGCUGUUACGACAAAUGCGCACAACCCCACUUCGCAGUCUUGGAGCAAUAUGAACUCUAUGAGUGGUGUGCGCAAACAGAAAGGACAACAGAAUAAUAUGAACAUAACUUUGAAUAAAAUAUUGAACUCCUCUAUGGGAGGUUUACAGAGCACUCGGCCAGCUCCUUUAAAUAUUGGGCCCCGUUCUUCAGGUUUUGAUCGCACUAGUCCAGGAUUUGCAGGGGCUCAGAGCCCAAUAUAUCAGAACCAAAGAAGCCCCUCGGCUUCAUUUCCACGGCCCAGUCGUGGUAGGAGCCCAUCCAUGAGUGGGUUUAUGCCUCAAACAUUGGCAAAUCAUACUGCAAUGAAUGGUGGGAUGAUGACAUCUGGGAUGAAUAUGAUGUCACCAACUGGAAUGAACAUGGGGCAGCAGUCCAGUGGAUGGAACAGCAGCACAAGCGGGACAAACAGCAAUCCACAGACUCCUCAACCCAAUGUGAGUCCUUGGGGCAAUGGGGGUAGCAACCCACAGACCCCUCAGAUGAUGCCUCGACAAUCCCCUGUUCCCCAAAGCCCUCUCCAGGCAUUAAAGAGUAUGGAAGCCCAGGCUGGAGUUCUCCAGAAUCUUCCAAUUAUGGGUUCCAUGGAGCAGAUGAAAUCACCCGUAAUGGCCCAGGCAAGUAGCAGCCGAGAUCCAUUGACGAUUGACACAAAUGUGAAACGAGCUGGAAAGCUUCGUCAGCUCCUGACGACAGACAUCUUAGAUGCUGACUCACAGUCAGAAAAGGAUACAAAGAGGAGCAGCAAUAGAAGCUCUCCUGCAUUCGCAAUAGGCCAGAGCCCCAAGGAGCAACCCCAGAGUACUACCAGCCAUGAUGCCCCUGACUCGACCAAGCACUCUCCAAAGGAGAAAUCAAACCCUGAGGAUAAUGUCAUUCUGAAGCAGCUGCUGAGCCAAGAAGAUGAAGAUGAAGAAGAUGGAGACACCCAAAUGGAGACAACCAGCAAACAAGAGGAUAACAUUGACAUGAAUAAGAAUGAGGCGGAGCCAAAACCAAACAAGAAUGAACUGUUAAAGAAAUUACUGAAUGAUGACCAGAGUUCAGAUAAGAAAGAUAAUGGAUUAGCUGCCUCACAGAAUGCAUUACUUCAGGAGCUCCUUAUGAAGAGUGGUGAAGAUUCGGACUCUGAGACCCCUGAGCCUGCUACCACUACAAAGUCAUCUAAAGAGAGCCCUGCCGCCAAAAACAGCAUGACUCCAAGACAAGAUAACCUGACCCAGAGACAGAACAGCCUGGCCCAGAGACAAAACAGCCUGGCCCACAGACAAAACAGCUUGGCCCACAGACAAAACAGCAUGGAGUCUCAGCAGUUGAGCAAGGCCAAGGGUCAUCAGUUCGCCUCACAGGCGCAGAAUGUCUCUGCUCACUUGCCCUUUAAUCUAAAUCAGGCCCCCUCCCAGAUGCCCUCUCAGCAGGUGUCAUCCCAGCAGGCUUCACAAGGGCAGCAGGUCUCUUCGCAAAUGCACUCUCAGACACCACAGGUCUCUUCCCAGCUUCCCCCACAGGCUCAACAAGUGUCCUCUAUUGGGGCAGAUGAUGAACUUUUGGGACAGAUGUUUCCCAAUGAUGGUCCCGCUGUCAACCUUGAUCGCUCGGUGAUUAGUCAGGAUAAGAAUUUACAGAAUUUACUCAGCGAGCUUUGGGAGAGUUCAACAGAGCAGCGUAUUGAGCAGAAGGCUGAUGUUGCAUCCACGCGUGCCCAGAAACGAAAGGCUUCCAGUGAUGUUGACAGUACAGGGAUCGACUUUGGUGGACAGAUGUCCCUGGGUUCUAUGCUGGAAAGUCCCUCGACAUCAACAAAUAGGACCAAUAACAUAGCUCAAAAAAAUGCACUUCUCACUCGACUGCUUACUAAAAAUCCAACAAGAGACAACCAAAGAAAUGUGAUUAAGUCUCCCGUGAGUCCAAGUGAAAUGCCACAGAAUAAACUACCAAAAAAUCUGCAUGAGAAAAUUGUGGAUAUUCAAAUGUCUGCUGAUAACGGCUCGCAUAUAAAAGAAAACAUUCGCCCUGCUCCUAUAAACCAAGGCCCCAAAGUGGCAGAGUUGGGUAAAUUAGGUAACGAAUGGACCAGCCCUCGGACUGAUCCCAAUAGUCCUUUCCCAGGAAACACCAAUAGGGUCAACUCUAGCAAUCCCCAACUGGCAAGCCAGACCCCCCAACAACAACAGCCACAGUUGCCACAACAACAGCCACAGUUGCCACAGCAACAGCUGCCUCAGAACAGCUCAAGCAAUCUAAUCAGUCAAAGCAGUCAGAGUUACGGCUUCGAUCAGAUUCAGCUGUUGUUAUCGCAAUCACAAGGGGGCGCUAAUGCAUCUGCCACGUCCACGUCUUUUAACCCAGAUAAUGAAGUAGGAACUGGAGAGGACCAACUGUUUCAACAGAUUCUGCAACAAGCGACAGACUUACAGAAUGAUGUCUCUAAUGGUCAGCUCAAUCAACUCAACUCAAUCUUAGGAACAGAGCCAACAUUGACGACUACCGCGAACCCAAACUCUGUGAAUGGCGCAUCAACGGAUGAUAUGUUGGCUCAACUUGAUCAAGCCUUCCCUGAUAUAGACGACUUGUUAGGUCUAGGAGGAGGUGGGGGAAGCACCCCUCAAAGUCAGCCUGACCUGCAGGAGCAGUUAGCCAUAGAUGCCAUCCAGAAACAACUAAUGAGUAUUGAUCAACCUGUGUCUGCUCAGCCUGAUAACUCCGAGCCUUCUAAUUCAGCAGCCAACUCUAUCCUCAACAGUCUGGUAAACCCAAGUGUCGCAGCUAGUAUGCCAGCAUCUGGAGCUAGUCCCAUGGAUGUCAUGAAUAGAGCUAUGGCCCAGAGCAUCAAACAAAACAAUUUCACAAGCUCACAGGUUAAUCAACAUAUUCAGCUGUUACGACGUGAACAGCAGCGUCAGCAGCGACAACAGCAGCAGCAACAGCAAGGCGCCCAUCUUCAACAACAGAAUGCUGGGAAUAGUAGCCUCACGAGCAUGUUGGGAUUUGUUCAGGGCCAGAAUCAACAAGGGGGACAAGGCAACAACUUUAGAUUCUCACAACCUCAGAAUAAAAAAAGUAAACCAACUUUAGCGGGAAAUCUUUCAGGUUUAGGUAAUGUGGCUGCAGGAAGGGGAGGUGGUGGUAGACCCCCGCGUGACUUCAUGAUGGGGAGUCUACAGAGUAAGGUGCGGGCGUCACUGCUGAUGCAACAGAAGCAGAAGCAAUUGAAGGAACACCAGAAGAAUCUGCACCAUCGGAUGAUGAUGCAAAGGCAGAUGACGCACCCUCCCCAAACCCCCCAGCAGCACCUGUCCCCUCAGCACACUUCACCUCAACAAUCACAGUUCAGCCCUGGCAGUUUCCCACAGGGUAAUGCACUGAGUGGUAUGAGGGACAAUGUGAACAUGACAUUUACUGAGAACUUCAAUGAGCUAAUGAACUCUGCAGUUGUGCCCAAUGUAAGCCUACAGCGUAACACUUCAAUUCCUGGUCCCAUGUCUCCGCAGUAUCGAAACAACUUGUCUGGUGGUGGAAUGGUACGUCCACCAGGUCCACAACAAAUGAACCAAUCACAAAUAUCGCCGAGCUUCACUCCUCGCAGCCAGGCAGGGCAGCCAUCUUGGAACCAACGAUCCUCAAACUCACAGUUACAGGGGAUCAUUGCAGGCCAAAUGGGAAACAGUCAGUUUAAUCCUGGAAUAAUGCGCAGCCAGUCCAUGCCAACCCCUACCAGUCAGGACAAUAGUAGGUUUCAGUUCCCUGACUCAAGCUUUCCUGGAAAUGGGGGCCAGCAGCCAAUGGAUGUGGGAGGCUUCUCCCCUCAACAGUCCCCUCAACAAAUGUUUGCUCAAAAUCGGGACAUGCCUCAACAAAGAAUGUCCAUGCAAUCCCGAAUGAAUUCUCCUCAAAAUAAUAGCCAGUUUGGGUCCCAGGGUCACGAUCCCAUGUUGAUGUCCCCUCACAAUCAGAUGACCUCCCCUCAUCAAAAACACUCACCCAGAUCCCAGGUCAGCCCCCAGGGCUUGAUGGAUCCCUUGGCUGCAGGAAUGAGUGGGAGGAAUAUGAAUAAUUUUGGGCUACAAGGCAGAUUUGACCAGCAGAUGUUCGCCGGAAACAAUGUUGGCCAACAAAGUAAUCGCAGUAUGGGUGUAGGAGGUAUGGGCCAGACGGCUCUCACAUCAUCACAGUUGGUGAAACAGGAGCUGCAGAAGGCGCUGACUGCCCGCUGCAACCAGAGCCAACAACAUAUGAGCCUACCCCCCAGUAGCAGUGCCCCCUCCAUGAGUGCUAUAAGUGCAAUGGAUGAUGAAAUCCCCCAGGAUAUCAUUGACCAAAUAACUGAGUUGACUCAGCAACAACAGCAACAGCAGAACAAUCCUCUGAUGGGGGCUGCCGGGGCAACUGUUACGUUAGAGGAGUCCAAGGUUGUCAAACAAAAGCGGGAAGAGGCUCAUAGAACAUUUAAAAAAUUCCAGAAAUUAGCUGGAGAACCAAACCAGCCUCAAGCUGCACCCGACUCUGGUGGAGCUAUAGCGACCAACUUAUUCAGGAACCAACUGAUGAGUGGUGGGGAGGGUGCCUCAGGCAGUCAGAAUGUGUCCCUUGUGGCCAAACCUCCUGAUAACGUGAAUGUAGUGCAAACUGAACCCAGGACUCCAAUUGAGGCCAUUAAACCAGCUGAUCAGAAAAAUAGUUUACUUCAGCAGUUAUUGUCUGAUUAAUGUAGGACAAAACAUUAGGAAAUAUGAAAUAGAUAAAAUGGAGGCGUGAUUGAGGAUAUAUAGCUGUAAAAUCUAUAUAUUUAUAUGAUGAUGAAAGGUUGGUGUGAGUAGAUAUCGGAAUACAUAUGACUAAAUAUGUAUUUCAACCUGGAUACGCUCAAUGUAAUGGAUUAACAAAUAACAGACUAAUUCUAUACCUGGAAUUCGUAGGAAUUACAAAUUUUAAG